AUGGAAGGUACGCCUGUACACUGGCUGAUGAUUUACAGCGCCAUUGCCUUGACCGUGUUAGCUUUCAUACUAGCAGUGAUUCUAAUCGUUUACUGCCACACGAAUAGAAACAGAAUGUCAUUCAAACCGCCUAAUAAUGUGGACGUUGUUGAACGUGAAAAUCGAACAAUACACUUUAUAGAACAUCAGCAGCGCAUGCGGUUAAUUGGGCCUAGAAAUAGUGAUAUCACAGAAAUCGAAGAAUUGGCUAUUGAAUGUCAUACAUCAGAACUUGCAACAAACAUUUCAUUACCCAAAGGAAGGAAACAUUCAACGAACAACGGUUAUCCAGUAUCAGCUCUAAAUGAUAGUGUUUCAAAUGCGAGUAACGACCAAACAUUCUUAAAGAAACGCGUUAACACAAGUACGUGUACAUCACAAACACUUGAGACAAAUCUGUUAAAGUCUGCGGCUGUUGAACCGUCUAUGUUUGAAAUGGAACCUGUCAUUAAUGAUACACAUUCAUAUGUUGGUACUAGUAACAGACAAAGAUUUACGAGUGAGGAAUAUGACACCGGUGUCGAUGUUAUGGAAGCUAGAUUAUUAGUAAAAGUUCACAAAGACGAUAAUCGUGCAGAAGACUCAAGUCUUUAGAUGUAUGCAUUUUAGAGCAUUAGUUAAAGAAAUAUUUGUAAACGGAGAGUUAGAAAAUUUGGUGUCGCUAAA